AUGGACGGCAGAGUAAACAGAGGUAGGGGAGGCAGUUGGAAAAGAGGUGGCCGAGCUGGAAACGACGGCGAAAGUUUCGGCGGCGAACACCGAGGCCGAGGCCGAGGAGGCCAGCACCGUGGCCGGGGGAAGAGAGACCACCACCGGGGCCGUGGGCGCGGAGGAGGCGCCUUUACAGCGGACUUCCAUCAGCGGGACCAAGAUGAAGGAGACAAGUCUCAGGAGGAUGACGACAGGCCGGAGGUGUUUUCCAGGAGGAAGCUGGAGUCAAACUGGGACCGUUACAAGGAGUCGGAGAGGCAGGAGUCGGAUGACGACACGCCUGUUCAGAGAGGAACAGACUACCAUGUGCUGCUGGAGUCAGCAGGAGAUUCGUUCACUCAGUUCCGGUUUUCAGAGGAAAAGGAAUGGGAGAUGGACCCAUUUGCAGCCAGUCAGAUGUCGCCAGUGUUCGUGGACCUCCCAGCCCUCGCUCAGAGUCUUCAACAAGUGCCUCUACAUCAGAGGCUCAACCUGGAGGCCGAGCUGCUUCAGGUCUCGACACCGGUGGAGCUGCCUGCUAUGACCCUCGCACCUAAACAAGAGAUGCCAAAAACGUCCACGUUCACUCCUCCGUCUGCAGCUUUUAAAAGCCUCAGCACCAAGAACAAAGUCCCUGCGGCUGCAAACCCAGCGCUGGCCUCAGACUUGCAGGUUUCCUCCGUUGCUGCUCAGCCUCCUCUGGAUGAUGGUGAUGAUGAAGAGCUGGACCAACUGCUCAGUUUACAGAAACCAGUCUCAGGUGGUGCAGAUGAGGAGACUGCUGUUCCAGAGAAAGAGUGUGAGGAAGUGAAGGUGGUGAUAGAAGAGAAGAUGAAGGAGGACGAGGAGGUGAAAGACAAAGAGGAAGGCAUCACACCUUCCAAGCCUGCGUCCGUCAAACAGGAGAUGACAGAGGAGGACCUGGAGGACUGGCUGGACAGCAUGAUCUCCUGACCACCAGGAACACAGUUCAUUCAACACAUAGGACAGCCCAUCAGCCUGAAAUCCAGCUAGAACGUCUACAUGCUGCACAGACUUUGUUUUCUUUUUGUAGUUUCCAGGCCUGAAAGAGAAACAGUGUGUUGUGGAGGUGUAGACACAGGACAGUAUGUCUCCAACGUUUGUGAGAAUGCGUGAAAAGGUUCCCUCAGUGCUUCUCAUCGCAGACAAAGAACUCUCUGUUCUUGUGAUAUUGUUAAGGUUGCACGCUGCUGGAGUGUCGCCGUCAGAAGGGUCUUCGCUGCGACACGGACGGACAGACACUGAAACAGGUCGCAGGUGACACGUUUGGUUUAUUGCGUCAAUUACUUUAUUCAUUUCCUCCCCCUCAUCAAAAGAAAUGCGGUUUACCAAAGCUACUACAUACAUACAAAUGGCCAUCCAAUAGCAAUUAACCAUUUUGUCGUUAAUAAAUCCUUGAAACAA